AACCCGGAACUGGAGGCGGAUAUGAGUCUGACCUGUAGUAGAUGCUCAAAUGAAGAUGCCAGAUGCUCAGGCUCAUCGGUUAUGUUUGCUCAUUUUUGCAUUAGUUUUCCGUCUCGGAACAGCGUCCGAGGUCUCCGUAUGGAAGGUGGAUAUCAACUCGACACAGGAUGCUGUGUUUCGAAAGACGCUGUACGCCAACACCACCAUCUUCAUGAAGUUCCAGGGUGACACAGCAUCAUGUGAUAGAAAUCUACCCUUCAACAUCAGCUGGUACCUGCGCUCCUCUGUUUGCUACAAUGAGGUCUUUAACACACCAGACAACAAAGCGAUGAACAUGUUUGGUAUGGACCACAUGUUGAAGGACGGCUGGAGUGGCUUCUACAGUCAGGGUUACAUGUACUUCGACAACUGCUCCUCCCUCUUCUUACCGAAGGUGUAUUAUGCAGACUUCAACCCAUAUCAGCCCCUCACUAGCCCAAAUAGUGACCCAUCGAAUCAGAGCCUUAUUUGGCCGGACAAGCCGGACAUCAGUGCAGUGGCCAAAGCCUGGGAGGACAGUCCAUAUCUGUUCAUAGUGAAGGUUCAGCCUGUGUUCCGCGGAGUUGAGGAAGAAGACAUCGGGGCAGAGCAGCUCAACUUUGCUUUCACAAUGAAAGUUGAGAUGAAGGGACCACAUGACUACUCUUCUCCAGCAGACUGGCCCCUGAUGAUGUUCUUCAUGAUCAUGUGCAUUGUGUAUGUGCUGUUCGGGGCUCUCUGGCUCUUCUGGUGUGCCUGCUAUUGGAGGGAUCUAUUGCGGAUCCAGUUCUGGAUCGGCGCUGUCAUCAUUCUCGGCAUGCUGGAAAAAGCUGUGUUUUACUCAGAAUACCAGAGCAUCCGUUACAAAGGAGACUACGUUCAAGGUGCUGUGAUUUUUGCUGAGCUGCUCUCUGCACUCAAAAGAUCUUUAGCCCGAAUCCUGGUCCUCAUUGUCAGUCUUGGCUAUGGCAUAGUCAGGCCCAGGUUGGGUACCACAGUGCACCGGCUGGUAGCUGUUGGGCUUCUCUACCUGCUUUUCUCCUCUGUGGAAGGUGUGCUAAGAGUGACCGGUGGUUUCUAUGGGACCGUUGCCCUGGUGGCUAAUCUCAGCCUCUCCCUUAUUGACUCCUGUGUCAUGUGGUGGAUUUUCAUCAGUCUGUCACAAACCACUCGUCUCCUGAAACUCCGCAGAAAUGUAGUGAAACUCUCUUUGUAUCAGCACUUUACCAACACUCUCAUCUUCACUGUUGUCGCUUCAAUCAUAUUCAUCAUCUGGACCACCAAAGUCUUCAAGCUGGUAGACUGCCAGACGGGUUGGAGGGACUUGUGGGUAGACGAUGCCUUCUGGCGUCUCCUGUUCUCCACCAUUCUGCUGGUUAUCAUGGUGCUGCUGCGGCCCUCUGCUAACAGCCAGAGGUUCUCCCAUUCUCCUCUGAUUGAUGAAGAUGAUGAAGAGGAAGAGGCCAAGGAGCCCAUGCUGAAUGAGGCUUUUGAGGGAAUGAAGAUGAGAGGCUCAAAGCCUGAUUCUAAUGGCUCCCAGAAACUGUUGAGUAAAGAGGAUGAAGACCUAAAAUGGGUUGAGGAGAACAUCCCUACAACUGUUGCUGAUGUAGCUCUCCCUGUAAUGCUAGAUGAGGAAGAGGAAAUCCUGAAAACCAAGAUGGAGAGAUCCAAAAUGGAAUAGAAGUAAAUGCGAGAAGAUGAUGCGGGAAUGGGAAAAAAAGGCAAUUUCACUGAGGCAGCAAUGAAUGCAUUCUGAGUGAUUACAAAAAAUGUGGGCAAAGCUAACUGUUCUCUCCAGACACUUUACAUUUAUAUUUUUAUUUCACAGGAAUUGUGUAACACUAUAAUAAGCUCAGAGAUGCAUUAAUAGUGUGUUUAUAUUAAGGGGUACUGUGCAACCUGUAGUUGGAUGGGUUGGCUGUUAAUGUCAAGAUCAGCAUUCUGGGAGGGGGGUGAAAGUGAAGCAAUUACCCAGCAGAGCAUUUUGAUUAAUAUUUUAUUUGUUUCAAAGAUGUUUCUUCAGUGUCAUAAUCUUGGCCAAAAUCGAGCAGAAACUGGGCAUUUUCCACAGUGUCCUUGUGGAAAAUAGGAUAUUUAUCGAAUUUAUCAGUUUUAGACUAAUACAGUAUUUAAUGGGGCGUGUGGUUUCUUGAGCACUGGGGUGCAAGAUAAAAACAUUUGAAAAGUUUCCCCACCCACUUCAAAUUGCAGAAGUGACCCCAGUCAGUGUCUGAUUGGUGAAAUUUGUAGGACUGUGAGGACUGAUUUCGAAUCUAUUCAGGUACAAAUCAUGACGCUUGGCAGUUGUCUCAACCAAGAAGUCAGAUGAUGGAAAACACAUGCUGAAAACCCCAUGUUAUUGUGCAUAAUAAGAUUAUAUUUAAGCCAACACAGCGACUUUAGGUUAUCUUCAGAGAUGUGCUGUGCCCUAACCUAAAUGUAAAAAAACAGGCUGUUUUCAACAUGUGUUUUAUUGCAUUACAUAUUUAAUAGGUCACAUGAUGACGUAUAUUUAAUAUUGAAAUGAGCGAGCAACUGUAUGGUAUGAUUAACCAUUUAGCCAGAUAACUAAAACAAAAAAUAACAAUGUUUUAAUGCUUUUACCUAACCAGUGAAGAUUACCUGGGCUCAUUUCUUGUAUCUGCACCAACAAAUUAUAUAUGUACAUAUUAUUGUUACCACAUAACUAACACUUUGUUGUCUGGCUAACUGAGUAAUCCUGAUAAUUCUAUGUAAACACGGCUGCAUCAGUGAAUAUUGAUACUUGAAGCAUAUCGCAGUCAGGGUAAAACAUGCUACAUCUGUGUUUGGGUGAUUCUUGUGUUGAAACCCACUGUUUUCUGGGCUGGGAGAAUGUAAUGGCCCUCUUGGUCAUGAAACUCUUUCAAAGCCAAGUAAAUACUUUCGUAAACACAGAAUCAGAAGUAUCCAUUUUGUACACACGAGCGUUACACCAGAUCACUUCUCUGAGAUGUCAUUCUUUACACAGAACAGUUCAAGCAACUGAAAAUAUGACUCUAAUAUUGGCGAUUUUCAAGCUUUUACUGACAAGUGAAAGACUGCUUGGUCCUUAGUGAGUGGGGAACCUGUAUGACCCUCAUAAAGAAAAUUCCAGACCUGUUUUCAAGCAGAAGUAGUCAUAAGUCUAAACUUGAUGGAUGUUUAUUUUCAUUUCUAUAAAAAGUAACAUUUUGUAGCUUUUCACAUAACAGCAGUGAUUUAGGUCCACUUUGUGUUGUUGUCACCAGAGUGAAACUUUAUUUUUUAGCUACUGAAUCUCUGAACCCAUUAAUAAGCCUCACGGAUGUGGUGUGUGCCUAAAUUCGAAAAUAGAGGAAAUUUGCUGUAUGUAUGUAAUCCUUUCUCACUCCUCCUCCACUAACUGGGCCAGAGUUUUGUUAAGGUUCCUCACCCAAAUUCAAUAGCACAGGGUAGUUAAAAAAAAAAAUAAAAAACUUGUACUGUACACACUAAAUAAAUAAUCUUCAUUUCACCACAAUUACAGAUUCCUUUGAGCCUAUCCCAUUCACACUGCAAAAUAAUCUUGCCUUAUCUGGCAGAAUUAUAUCCCCGUCCUUGUGCAAUCUACUGCAGUAUGUGCGGAUAUUCUAAAUUCCUUCAUUUAUGAUUUUUAUAUUUGUCCAAGUCUUGUUGAGGAUAUUUUAUUUUAGAGAGACACUAAAGCCCAAUUUCUGGAUGUAAGUCUGCAUUGUAAUGUGAAGCUGAUGAUAUUGUAUGGCUUUUUGCGUAUGUCCUGCAAAUAAAAUUUAUAUUGAAACAUG